AUGCCUCCCUCCCGCUCAAGCAUAACAAGCGACAACCCCAACCACGAACGCCUCGAACCCCGACUCCUCCGCGCAACAGAAAAUGACGACAUAAACGCCCUAGAAACAAUCCUCACUCUCGCAGCCUCUCAAAACCAACUAACCGACACAUUCCUCCGCACAGCAUUAAUGCGCAGCGCAGAACGCAACAAAAUAAAAGCAACUGAAUACCUCCUCUCUCACGGCGCAAAACCAGAUCUGCCUCUACCUCAUACACAUAGUAAUGACCGCUUCUCGCCGCUCCUGCGCGCUGUAGAUCGUGAUCACUGCCACAUUGCCCGGUUAUUGCUUGGUGCAGGUGCUUCGCCCGACUCUGCGGAUAAAGAGGGACGGAGCGCGCUUAUGACUGCUGCGUGGAAAAAUCAUGUGGAUCUUUUGGUGUUGCUUCUUGGUAGAGGGGCGGAUGUUAAUGCGGUUGAUUUGAGGAGGAGGAAUGCGUUGCAUAAUCUUGCGGCUGAUAGGGAGUGUAGGUUUGGUUGGGAUGAGAGUGUUGUGGGGAUUCUUUUGAGGGGAGGUUGUGAUGUUAAUGCUGUUGAUGAGCUUGGGAGGACGCCGUUGCAUUGGGCCUGUGCUACGGGUAAUUGGCACUUGGCGGAACUUUUACUUGGGAAUUCUGGUUCUUCGCGGAAUCAUUCAGGGAAUGGAAAUGGAAGGAAAGCAGAGAUUGAUGCGGUUGAGUUGAGAGGAAAAACGGCAUUACAUGUUGCUACUGCGCAUGAUCGGACGGAUAUUGUGCAAUUGUUGCUCUUGCAUGAGGCGUCGGUUAAUGCGUGUAGUGAUGGUGGUUGGACACCGUUGCAUAAUGCCUGUGAUAAAGGAUGUGAAGGGAUAGUGAGGAUAUUGCUUCGUGCAGGUGCGCAUAUUAAUAGUCAGCUUUUGAAUGGGGUUACGGCUUUACAUCUUGCGGCACAAGGGGGACAUACCGAUGUUGUGAAGUGUUUGCUUGAACGGGCAGAUUUGAAGAGAAGGGUUCGUGAUAAUUUUGGAUCUACGCCUUUUCUUCGAGCGGCGCAGUUCAAGAGACGGGAUAUUGUUUUGCUGUUGGCUCCGUUUAAUAAUGUUGAGUCGCUUUCUGAGGAUGUCAAGAGUGCUUCUGCUGCUUUUGAGAGUACAGUUGUUGAUUUUGGAAAUUUUCAUAAUGAGAAUCGGGUACAGAAGAUGAGUGUUUAUAAUUUGCUGUAUGGGAGGGAUGUUGAGAAUCCGAGAAAACAGGCUGUUACUACUGUUCCCAGUCCGGAUGAUAGUCGGGCGACGGAUUUUCGUUGGAUUCAUCUUCCGGCUAAUAAUAUGGCGUGGGUGGAGGCUUUGUUGACGAAGUCUUUUAUUGAAGAGGGGGCUCAUGAUGUUGAUGGGUUUAAGGGGUUGGAGAAGUCCUUUAACUAUCAGCAUCGGGGGCAGAAGAUUCAUUCUCAUUUUAUGAGGCCGCUUUGUCAGAAUACGCCUAGGUCGACGAUGCUGAAACGACGUGAGGAGGAGAAGGUGGAUGAUCCGUCGACGGAUGCUCAGUCUGUUUUUACUGAUAAUAGCUCUGUGUAUCAGAAGCAGAAGGGGUUCAGUGGGAAGAAGGGUGAUCGACUUGAUUCGAUGGAUGAAGGGAAUGGGUGUGGGAAUGGAGGUUCAGCAAAGAAGAUCAAGAACAACAACAAUCAGAAGCGAGGCAAAUCAGGGAGUAAUCCUGGAACUCCCAAACUUGGAGAAUCCAAAACGAAGGGAUCAUGGGGGAUGGCUGAUAAAGGUCGAGGAGCGUCACAUUUAUCAUCGACCAGUCUAUGCAAAGACCCUCAUACUCUUACCUCGGCCUGCAAUAUCUGUGUGUUUAUGCCAUAUCUUCAUUUCGAAACAGAAGAACGCAGAAAGAAAAUGCAGGCGGCUAUCUCGCGCGCUGAGAAAUUAUGUUUUCAGCCUCGGAGCAUUCAACGAGCACGAACUCGUGAUGAGAUGCUGAUUGAUGCGCAUCUGUCAUCUUCAACCACCUCACUCCAUGUUCGCCGGACGCUUGAUCAGUUCUUCUACCCUAAUAUCGAUACCCAGAGCCGUGACCAAGAUCAGGUUGUAUAUCGAUACCAAACAAAAGGCCCUGGGCGUGAUAGCCUGGUAACCGAUCCUAAGAUCUUCAUGGUUGACCAGCUGUGGGUGUGGAUAUUAGGAGCAAACCUGAUUGUCACUAGCUUUCCUCAACGAUGGGAUCAACCGAAGAACGACCCACUGAAUGUGCUAGAUGGGAUUAUUGAGGAUAUCAAUUCCAAAACUCGCGAUCCUGUAAAGUCUGUCUAUGACCUGGCAAUUAUCAUCACCAACCGGUGUUCUGGUGUUUUUGACCGACAUCGUCUGGGCGAUGACGAAUAUCAAUUCCUAGAUAUGUUCGAAUCUUCAAUCGGUAUAGCUACUGACCGAGAGACACUCCUAUUCAAACGAUUCAACCAUGCCUCCGCACAAGCAUCAAGCUGGCUGAAAAGUCACCGAAAAUUGAACAAAUUCUCCCAAAACCGCCCAUCAUCUGGACCGAAUGGAGUCGCGGAGCCAGAAAUUCCCGACUCAGAUGAUGAGUAUUGUCACGGAGAUGGAUCCCCUCUUUGGGUCGACGAUUUGCUCGAUAUCGGCGAAGAAACUGAUCUUCUAGCGGAGACGAAAGAUAUCCGCGAUGAACUGAACAUGAUCCGCACUGUUUUGGAGCACCAGAAACACGUCCUUGUCGACUUCCAAGAGGUCAUUUGUGAAGUUUACCAGGGUCAACACCGUUCUCAGUACGAGGUUAAAAAGCGUUUCAAAGAUCAACAGCGUAUGAUAGAUAUGCACCUCAAAGAUCUCGACCGCAUGGAUAAACAGGCCGAACGAAUCUAUCACUCUAUUACCGAUUUGCUUGAUCUCAAGCAAAAACAUGCUAAUGCCUUCGAGGCCCGUUUCGCCCGUGACCAGGCAGCUGGAACAUCCCGACAAAGCAAGACGAUCAUGGUUUUCACUAUCGUCACAAUUGUCUUCCUGCCAUUAUCCUUCAUAACAUCCAUUUUCACUAUCAACAUGAAAGCAUUCAAUGAUCUAACCCUUGGAUACGUCGCAAAAUAUACGUUUGGUAUUGGCUUUGCGAUUUCAAUCCCCCUUGUCUUUGUUGCGCUUUCAUUGGAUGAUAUCGGUGAUCUCUUCAGCCAUGCAAAACGCAUGUUAUCGCGGAGAGGUCCAUCCGAACGGAAUGAUGGAAAUGGAAAUGGAAAUUCACAGUCGUUGGAAAUUGAGAAGAUUCUUAGUCUGGCGAGAUCGCGCAGGAGUGCGGAGUUGGAUUAUGGGAAUAGUUUGUUGCCUGUUUCUACUCGUGGUACUGCUGCCUCGAGGAGGUCGGGCCUUGAUGCUAAUGUUUUGGCGAAUGGGUUUCCAAGAAAACAACUAUGA